AGCCUCAUAACCGCUCCACUCGCACCUCGUCAUUCCCCUUCAUCGCUCGCCAACCCUACAGCUUAGCUCCUCGGCCAUGCUCACCCUCCGCCCCCGGUCACGUCUCGCGCAUCGCCCCCCUUAUCGAAACACCGAUCCGCAGGCACGCCCGCACGCACAUCCGUCGAAUUCCUCUCGAGCUGGAUCGAUGGGCAAUUCUCGACGAGCUGCCGAACUCGCUCGACGCAAUCGUCCGUAAUCCGCCGCAGCUGCUGCUGCUGCUGCUCUCGUGACCCUCCCGCCGAGAGAUAGACAGAAGAAAUUGUAAGCCAGCGGCGACGGAGCAUGGAGAUGCGGGGGGCGCACAAGAACGAGACGGGGAGGGCGCCAUCGCCAGCGGGGUUCGGAGGAGGAAGCCACAAGGCUGAGCAUCUGGCUCAGCCGCACGAGGCGCUCGGGCACGGCGAUCAGAGGCCGGCGCAGCCGACGCCGCCGUCCUUCUCCAUCGGCCAGCGCCUGCGACGCGGUCGCGACGACGACAAGCGGGGGCCCGGAGCGUACAUGAGCAUCUGGGAGCAAUCGCAGGGCCCCGCGUACAGCUUCCGCAAGAAGGAGCGCGAGGCGAAGGACGACGGCCCCGGGCCCGGCGAGUAUCACUCCGGCGUCGGCUAUCGCGCCAUCAAAACCUCGUCCCCUGCCUACUCCAUGGGAGCGCGCUGCGGCCCGUCCGCCUUCGGCACGGCUGCCGGUCCGGGCGCGGCUUACGACGCGGACAAGCAUCGCGGCGGCGCAGGAGGAGGAGGAGGAGCCAGCGCUUACACCGUGGGCUACAAAGCGGGAGUCGGCUUUUCCCGCGGACCCGGGCCCGGGACGUACAACGCCGAUCUCAAGUCCGGCUCGCCCUCCUUCAGCAUCGGGACCAGGAUCCGCUCGAGCGACGAUCGCAGCGAUUCGCCGGGCCCCGGUGCGUACGAGGUCUACCGCAAGGCGUCGGGCCCGUCCUACUCCAUGGCGUCCAAGGUGAAGGCGCAGAUCACGCAGCGCGACUUGAACCCCGGCCCCGGCGCCUACACGGACGACAACACCACGUCGCAGACCCGCGGCCUUGCCUUCACCAUGCGCGAGCGCUUCCGACACUCGUGACAGCCAGCCAGUCUGCCAGCACGCCGACAGGAUUGAUCGAGUCCGCGUCCCGGUGGCGCAAUCGGAUGUCGUUCGAGUUCUGGAUUGAUGUUUGCCGUGUCCAGGAUUGACAUCUGCAGGCGCGCCGGGCGGAUUUCUGCUGUAGUGUAUGUUCCCCGGACACUCUCUCGUGAGGCUAGGUUAGAUUAAAGAGCAAGGAUUCGCAGUUUGGGUGAAGCUGCGAACCGCACCAGCAGCAGCUGAUGGCCUUGUUUGUUGGUCGGAACGAUCGUCGACUGAGGAAUGAUGAGUUUGGUGGAUGACGUAGUUCGCAGAUGUCCUGCAGUCCAUAAUACGGACGCACCUUCGCUCUUCAGGAUUCCGAUGAGCGAUGAGUCCUCCCUAGUUGUGUCUUAGAGAAGUGAUCAGUGGAUCAGGUGUGGCUCUACUUGCGCCGGAAGUGAGACGGAGCUUCCCAGAGUAGAGUAGGGAUUCUAUUUCAGACCGAAUGGUUUUCCGAUAAUCUCGUGAUCCGCGCAAAUUGCUCUUCAAAGCUGUACACUAAGUUUGUGUCAGAAACGCGAGCGCAGAGAAAGUCUUCGGAGCCACCGAGCUCUCGUACUGUAAUGUAAUGGAAUACGCUUGCUAGCUACUUUUGCGUCUUCUUCAGAGGAGCUUAUUUUGUGUCCUAGGCUUGAGCAAUGAGCAGCCUGUGAGUGAGGUCAAGAGCUUCGACGAAUAACACUUUCCGCUGUGAUGCAAUUUACGAUGGAGACAUGGAGACAUUCGUCCGAUUGCUUUACAGGGACGGAGACAGUACGUAGAGACCGAUAGGUAGCGAGCGAGUGACUCUAAUGAGUCUCUGUCUCUCCGUUGAACUCUGAUCUCUACAAUCCGUUCCGCUUGAGUCAGCUGUCGACAAAGUCUGUUGCAGUUUGUUUGAAAAGAAUAAAAGUCUAUGGCUAUCUCUGU